AUGACUCGCGUGACCCACAGCUCGACAGAUUCACGCCCAGACGACCGGCCGAAGACCGAUACACACAUCGCAUACGUCUCUGAGCCGCCCACCAUCACCGCCGAAUCCAUCGAAGGCGACGCCAAUUACAUCCCUCCCACCUUCCCGAUCGGCCCCUUCAAGAAACAUGCAGCCAAUCCUAUCCUCAAGCCAAACCCCGACAACGCUUGGGAGGCCGCCCACCUCUUCAACGCCGCUGCCAUCGUCCUCGACGCGAAAGUCUUCCUGUUCUACCGCGCACAGAACCACGAAGGCCUUUCCAGCAUCGGUCUUGCAUGGUCCGACGAUGGGAUCUCCUUCACGCGCCUGGACCGCCCGAUCUUGACGGCUACUGAGCCGUGGGAAGAAGGCGGUGGCUGCGAAGAUCCACGGGUCAUGCGCUAUGAAGGAACGGUCUACAUGACAUACUCGUCCUAUGGCAUGGGAAGGGUUAGGCUGUGCAUGUGCACUUCUACGAAUUUGGUGGACUGGAAGAAGUACGAGCCGAUGUUUCCGACGUGGGCCGAGGUAGAGAUUGGUAUAGACGGCAGACUGGGCAUCCGCAACGACUGGACCAAAGCCGGGGCGAUCUUUCCGGAGAAGGACAGGGACGGCAAGUUCAACAUGCUCUGGGGAGAUGACGAUUUGAUCAAGUGGGAGACGAAGUCAUAUGGCGACCACUUUGCUCACGGCAUUCAUUCGUGGGAGAAUCGACUGCUCGAGGCAGGUCUUUCACCGAUCAAAACCAAGGACGGCAAAUGGCUUUUCAUCUACAAUGCAGCAACGACAGGAGGUGGCAAGUACAAGAAUAAUCAGUAUUCGGUCGGCCAAAUGCUUGUCGACUACGACAAUCUCGCUGGAGGUCCCCUCGCCCGCCUGGAGAAGCCAUUGCUGGAAGUCUCCGAGGGAAACGAACAGGAAGGUCAGGUCGGCAACGUGGUAUUUUGUGAAGGUCUCGUACAGUUCAAGGCGUUCGAAGAGAGCGAGCCGUCGAAAUACACCCGCCGCUUCGCCUGCCAUCACAACAAGAGUGAACUCUGGGCUUGUGUCAGCUCAGCGAUCAUCCUUAUAGGAGGUGAGGACGACUUGCCGAACCCCUCGAUCGGCAGUGCGCAGCGGAGAAUCAUUCCAGAGCUUCGACAAGACGCGAGGAUUAGAGCCGUCCCGGAGCUGGUAUGA